GCAGAUCGCUUACCUGUCAGUGAUGGUGACGUUUUGAUCUUCCCAAUCUCAAGUUUAAUAAUUUGGUACAAUGUUACGUGUGUAACGUUAAUUCGCCGUGUUGCUCCAAACAAUACAUCGCUCACAAUGUGUUUGAACAUCCGCCACUGAUAAAAAUCUAAAAUUAUGACUUCGCAGUACAGAAACACCGUAAGAUAAUAUCGAGACCAUGCGACUGAAACGCACAAAUUUAAUACUUGGAUCCUUUAUGGUAAUUUGGGCUUUAGUAUUGUACUUUGCAUUCUUGACUCACUUGACGAAUACAAACGAAAAUAAUGGAAACGUCGACAAGCAAAUCAUGAUGCUGGAGCAAGGCAUAUCGGAGCAGUUCAAAAUAAAUAACGACAUGAUCCAUGACGCCCGCAGGUUCCUCGAACGCAAGAAAACUCAGGGGGACGCCGUAGCCGGCAAACAAAAGGACUUCCAAGACUUCAAACUACCCAUUCUAGUAUUCGCGUGCAAUAGAGUUAGCGUCAGUAAAUGCUUAGAUAGACUGAUUCAAUACCGCCCUGAUCCCGACAAGUUCCCUAUCAUAGUCAGCCAAGACUGCAAUCACGAAGAAACCACCGAAACCAUCAAAAGGUACGGAUCUCAAGUGUCGCUCAUCCAGCAACCGGACCAAUCAGACAUCCAAGUCCCCCCGAAAGAAAAAAAGUUCAAGGGGUACUUCAAAAUCGCGCGCCAUUACGGCUGGGCUCUCAACCAAAUGUUUUUCAAUUUCAAUUUUAGUACUGUUAUAGUAGUCGAAGACGACCUCGAAGUGGCUCCAGACUUCUUCGAGUAUUUCUUAGGUACUUAUCAUAUUUUAAUGCGCGACGCGUCGCUGUGGUGCAUCUCCGCGUGGAACGACAACGGAAAGGAGGGGCUGGUCAACGAGGACAGGCCGGAAUUGUUGUACCGGACGGACUUCUUCCCGGGCCUAGGUUGGAUGCUGACCAAGUCCCUGUGGCUGGAGCUGUACACCAAAUGGCCUAGAGCCUACUGGGAUGACUGGAUCAGGGACCCCAUGCAAAGGAAAGGGAGGGCGUGCAUAAGGCCGGAGUUGUCCAGGACGAGGACGUUUGGCAAAACUGGAGUUUCAAACGGGAUGUUUUACGAGAAGCACUUGAAGUACAUAAAACUGAACGAAAAGUUUGUGCCUUUUACGAAAAUGAAUUUAAGUUCUUUAACGAAGGACGCGUACGAUAAGGACUUUAUUAGAGAUGUUUACCAAAGCGUGAUUGUUAGUUACCAAGAGUUGAAAGAUGGGAAAAUUGCUCACGAUGGACCUGUCCGGAUUAUCUAUCGCACAAAAGAAGAAUACAAGUUAAUUACGAAGAAGUUGGGGCUCAUGGAUGACUUUAAGAGUGGCGUUCCGCGGACUGCCUAUAAAGGAAUAGUCACUUUUCACUACAACGGCAGGAUGGUGCAUUUAGCUCCUAACCUUAAUUGGAAAGGUUACGACAUAACCUGGAGCUAACCCUAAAGGGUUCCUAGAUACUUAUCAGACAUUCCCAUGUUUGACUAAUAAAUUUGUUGUUUUAUGUUGGCACAUUUAAAAUGUGGACUGUUGGCAUUUUUUUAUCAAUUUGAAAUUGUGAUAUGAACUUUUAGAAAUACGUGGCAACUCUGUUUUGUGAGUUAUUUAUUGCGAUCGAGAAGCGGGUUGAAGUAGGCUUGGAAGCGCGGCCUGCUUUAACCCCAUAUGUAAUUAAGUUUUUCAAUCGCCUGGUAGAUUGUUAUGCAAAUAAAGUGUACAGACGACAUGCUUUCAUGUAAAUAAAAGUAAAUGAAAAUUUGGGA